UUUCCCCAUCCCUCCCGUCUGCUGCCCCUCAGCUCUAUUAAAGGUUGACUGGCUUUAAUACAAUAAAAAUGGCGGAGGACAGUGAAUCUGCGGCCAGUCAACAGAGCCUGGAGCUGGACGACCAGGAUACGUGCGGGAUAGACGGAGACAACGAGGAGGAGACCGAGCAUUUGCAGGGUAGUCCAGGGGGGGACUUGGGGGCCAAGAGGAAGAAGAAGAAACAGAAGAGGAAGAAAGAGAAGCCGAGCUCGGGGGGAGCCAAAUCUGACUCUGCGUCUGACUCUCAGGAGAUCAAGAACCCUGGUUUGCCCAUUCAGAAGCUCCAGGACAUCCAAAGAGCAAUGGAACUGCUGUCCUGCCAGGGUCCAGCAAAGAGUAUUGAUGAGGCAACGAAGCACAAAUACCAGUUUUGGGACACCCAGCCGGUCCCAAAAUUAAAUGAAGUUGUGACAAGUCAUGGACCAAUUGAAGCUGACAAAGAAAACAUCAGACAGGAGCCAUAUUCUUUACCUCAAGGCUUUAUGUGGGACACUUUGGACCUCAGUAAUGCGGAUGUGUUGAAGGAGUUGUACACAUUAUUAAAUGAAAACUAUGUGGAGGAUGAUGAUAACAUGUUCAGAUUUGAUUAUUCACCAAACUUUCUCAAAUGGGCUCUACGUCCACCUGGCUGGUUACCACAGUGGCACUGUGGAGUGAGAGUAUCGUCAAAUAAGAAGCUUGUAGGCUUCAUCAGUGCCAUCCCUGCAGACAUACGCAUCUAUGAUACGAUAAAGAGGAUGGUAGAAAUCAAUUUCCUGUGUGUUCAUAAGAAGCUGCGUUCAAAGCGUGUUGCUCCUGUGCUAAUCAGAGAGAUAACGCGAAGGGUGAACUUGGAGGGAAUAUUUCAAGCUGUGUACACUGCUGGAGUUGUACUACCUAAACCUGUGUCUACGUGCAGAUACUGGCACCGUUCUUUGAACCCUAGGAAGCUUGUGGAAGUAAAAUUCUCCCAUCUGAGCAGAAACAUGACCCUGCAAAGAACCAUGAAACUCUACAGGCUAUCAGACAGCACCAAGACUCCAGGUCUGCGGGCGAUGGAGAGGCGGGACAUCCACCAGGUGUCCGAGCUGUUACAGAAAUACUUGAGACGUUUCCAGCUUGCACCUUCAAUGGGAGAGGAGGAAGUGGCUCACUGGUUCUUACCGCAGGAAAACAUAAUUGACACAUAUGUUGUAGAAGGCGCAGGAGGCGUAUUGACUGAUUUCACUAGUUUCUACACUUUGCCCUCAACUGUGAUGCAUCACCCUCUCCAUAGGAGCCUAAAGGCUGCUUACUCUUUCUACAAUGUUCAUACACAAACCCCACUACUGGACUUAAUGAAUGAUGCACUGAUCCUGGCCAAACAGAAAGGUUUUGACGUGUUCAAUGCCUUGGACCUAAUGGAGAAUAAGAUGUUUCUGGAGAAGCUAAAGUUUGGCAUAGGAGAUGGAAAUCUACAGUAUUACCUUUAUAACUGGAAAUGUCCCUCCAUGGACCCUGAUAAGGUUGGCCUCGUCCUUCAGUAGCAGCUCCUUCACAGCUGCAAUGCAGAAACAUGGUUGUGAGUGACCUCCAGAUAUUCCUUACUUGGACAUACAGGUCGCCCAAGCUCAACAAUGAGAACAACAACAGUAAAUCAAACCUGAUGACCGGAUGCUGGUUCACCCAGCGCUUCUGUCAUCAAGAACUUUCUCAGUCCACCUGGAGGUGAAAACUCUUAAUCAUCCUGAAUGUGAAGUCAUGCUAUGCCUGAGAUAUUCAUAUUGUACAACGCUCGACAUCUGCUUUCACUUUUAAAACACACCGGUUUUUUGCUCAAGACGAUGCCUUGACAUUGUGGAUUUGUUUAGUUUUUCGUCCACAACAGACACUGUCGCAAGAGGCUGGCAUACCGUUUAAUUUCAAGGAUCUAUGUAAAUGAUAAUCAUUGAGAAAACAAGUCAAAAAAUAGUUAACUGUAUUCCCGUCUGUUUUACCGUCUCCUAACGGUUGAUUUUGCUGCUUCACAUAUUGUUUUUUCCCCCCUUUUCAUAUCAUUGUACUCAAUCAAGUGUCUUUGUUGGCUUUUUAAUAAUUUUUUUUUCUGAGUAGGAUUUUGGCACGUAAGUGAACACCUUUUUGUCCACACCCAAGGGACGAAUAACUCCACUUUUAAAUAAGCAAAGCCACACAAACACUUUCAAAAAACACACAUGACCAAGAAGGGUAUCAUCUACCUGGUGCAUUGAUAUGUUUAUAUAGUUGACUGUACAUCUAAAACCAGGUCGCAUUUAUUCCUGUAGUACGAGUUUGGUAGGGCUGAUCCAAUGCAUUUCCUCAUGAGCUGUGUAGAAGUCACUGAGUUUGUUCAAAGCGAUUUUUUUAUUUUUUUUUAUUUACAUUUUUUAUUAAGAAUGUAUUGCUCUUGAUAAAGCACAAUUUUCCGAUUUCAUAAACAAGCAAAAGGGUCUAUAUUUAAGACUUAAAGCAUUUCCAGUUCAAUCGAAAAUGGCUUAUUUAGUUGAAAAGGGACUUUUCAAGCGGCCACAACUAUUUUCUUGCAUUAGUUUAAGUCAAUAUUUCUUGUGGAUCACUUGCAGGAAAUCUGUCACUGAUUUGGGAGAGUAUAAAAGCUGCUCCUGUUCAGUGGAUAUUUGGUCAAAGUGAUACACUUAAUACACACAAUAUCCAUCCUUUCAAACUUUACUGGUGGGUUAAAUGUGGCUGAAUAACUUUUUUUCUUUUUUUGCUUGUCAGGUACAUUUUUUUCCUUCAUUCAUGGUACUGUAUGUCGUUUGACAGAAAAAUACAGUAACAUUUUUUUUCCAUAGUGUGCUGUUAAACUUAAUGUUUGAGAGUUGUGAUAUUUAUAAUUGUACAUUUCAAAAUGGUUGAAGACAUUUCUGUUCCUUUUCCACAAUAUUUCCUGCUGAAUAAGCAUCCAAACUGACUUUCUGAGGGCAUUUGGUAUUUCUCUGUGCUUGAAUAAGCAAAAUGAAGAACUUUGACUAAACAAUGUUGGUAGACCACUUGUUCUAAGGUGGAGCUGUCGCUUUUCUCAAAGCGUACAUUUUUUUCCUGUGAUAUUUUUGCUGACUUAAUGUUUGAUGUUUCUGCUCAUGUGGCUCUGAGUAUUUUACGACAUACAGUAAAGGAUGCUUUAGUCUUUUUCUUUGUAUUUAAUACAAAUUCUUUACAGAUUAGCCAGAAAAUGAUAAAAGGUAAAACAAUGUUUCAGGGUUCAGAUUUUUUUAUUUUAUUUUAUUAAGUAAGAGUUCAUCUGAGUUUAUGUUAACAGACAGAUGCUACUGGCAUUAACUUAAUUCUGAUAAUGGGUUACUGAGUCAACGAUGUGCCUCGUGGAUGCUCUUGUCACAGAUGUGUUGCCUGCAGCUGUUUGAAUGAACUUGGAGCAUGUUGGUUCUGCUGCCAUGUUGAUUUCUAGCAUUGACGUUACUCGCCACAACCUAUAGUGAGAAUUAUUCCCAACGUACCUGCCUUAUUUUAAGGAGUUUGUUUUUUUUCUUAAGAUUUGAAAGCUGGGUUGAGGUAGGCUUACUUUUGAAAUGACAAACAGCUUAACUGAAGAACAAUAUUUUUAUUCAACACCAUUGUAAGCUGUGAAAGCUGAAGAACUUGUACCAGCAUCAUUUAGACAUGAUCCCAUGCAAACAACAGUCUGUUUCAACACACAUCAGCUAUACCAGCAUGGAUAUUUGAAUAAACUUACUUGAAAAAUUA